GCUUGCUUUUCUCCGUCAAACAACAAGCAGUCUGAGAGCAGGCCACGCGCACGAAUCCCCGUCAUGCAAUCCUUGUAUAGCUAGCUUUUCUCCGUCUCCUCUGUCUUCGCGGCCACGGACAGCGUGAAAGAAAGAAAGAAAGAAAGAAAGAAAGAAAGAAAAAGAUAAUGUCGGACCCCGAUGGCGGUGUCGACCAGUACCCCGAGGACUGCCCGUUCUGCAACAUCGCCAACGCCUAUCCGUGCCCGUCGCAAGGCUCGCCAGAUCCGUCCUUGUUGUCGUACAUACCUGAGAAGGUAGACGUGACGCGGACCGCCCCGUCGUGUUUCCUCGUCCUGGCGGCCCCGACCGUCAUGGCGUUUUUGGACAUAUUGCCCAUGACGCCAGGACACCUGCUCGUCGUGGUGCGCGAGCAUCGACCCAAGGUCGAGAACAUGGACGCCGAAGAAGGCCGUGACGUCGGCUUCUGGCUGCCGCUGCUGGCCAAGGCGGUGAAGAACGUCACGGGGACGAGCGAUUACAACAUCGUACAGAACAACGGAGUUCGGGCUGCCCAGGUCGUUCCGCAUGUGCACUUUCACAUCAUCCCAAGACCGUCCCAUGUGCCCGAACUGAAAAACAAGUCGUGGACCAUGUUUGGGCGCGGCCAGCGAGAAGACUUAGACGACGACGAAGGAGAGGAACUUGCUGCGAAACUACGGGUGGAACUGAGAGCGGAAGUAGGGAGGAGGUCCUCCAACAGCAGAUUAUGAGAACUCGAUUCGAAUAUGCUGCCCAGUCCAAGCACUUCUGCGAUAUGUGACAGAACCUGGUAUCUACGAUGCACAAAGUAAUACUUCUAGUUGUUGAAAGAGAUUCUGAAACGACUUAAUUGAAUGCCAUGCUUUCUAGAUACAAGAAUACCAUCUCCA